UCCGUAGUCAGCGCGUUCACACUUCACACCUAUAAACACACACACUCACGACGGCACUCAUCUACUCUCCCCAGAAAAUUAAUUACAGGAAAAAGCUUGGAAUUCUCGAUCGAUCUGCAACAAUGGCGUCAGAGGAUGUGAAGCUGUUGGGUGGAUGGCCCAGCCCGUUCGUGCUCCGAACCCGAAUUGCUCUCAACAUCAAAUCCGUCGCCUACGAGUUUCUCGAGGAGAAGUUCGGAGCCAAGAGCGAGCUCCUCCUCAAAAUGAACCCGGUUUACAAGAAGAUCCCUGUUCUCGUCCACAACGGAAAGCCCAUCUGUGAAUCCCUCAUCACCGUUCAGUACAUCGAUGAAGUCUGGACUUCCGGCCCCGCCAUCUUGCCCGCCGAUCCAUAUGAUCGCGCCACCGCCCGCUUCUGGGCAACUUACAUUGAUGACAAGUUGUUCCCAAAUAUGCGAGCAAUAGCGGGAGCCAAGGAAGAAGAAGCGAAAAAGGCAGCAGUGGGUGAAGUUUUCUCCGGCUUAGGAUUGCUGGAAAACGCGUUCCAGAGCAGCAGCAAAGGCAAGAAAUUCUUCGGCGGGGACGCCAUUGGGUACCUUGACAUUGCGCUGGGGUGCUUACUAGGCUGGAUCAGAGUGACGGAGCUCUUCUCCGGCAUAACGCUCCUGGACGCCACCAAGUUUCCCGGUCUGGCCAAGUGGGCCGACGAUUUCUGCGCCGAUAGCGCCGUCAAAGACGUCAUGCCGCCCACCGACAAGCUAGCGGAGUUCGCCAAGAUGGUCUUCUCAGCCGCAAAAUAAGAACACUGGAUCGGAUCCCACUUCUUUCUUUGUGUUUUGGUACCUGUUUCCUGCUUCUGCUAUUCUCGAUCUGCAAUAAAAUUAAAACAUCUGUGAUGGAAAACAUGUUUAAUUUGAAGUUUUGAACUUCGUUGUUUAGGCUUCAAUUUUAUGCAGA